CCGGUUUAAGCGGCCACAGGGCGGCUGUACUGUACACUCAGGUGCCGCCUGAAUGACGAGCUGGUAAUUCUUCAAAAUGGCUAAUCUUGAAGGUUACUGUGAAGGUAACACAUCCUUAUCAGAAGUUUGGACACAACAAGGGCUUUCUCCAUGUUUCUAUUUCACUUUAGUUCCAACAGUACUUUUGAGUGUCAGCUUCGUCUUUGGUACAUUACAGUGCGCUUGUUAUAACGCAUAUGGUACUACAAUGGAGCCAAAAUAUGUACCUCACUCUCGUCUCUACCUGAUGCAGUUGUUGUUUUCACUGCUCCUAAUCCUACAGUUUGGAACAUAUAUUCUCUGGCAAACCUUUGGCUUAGGUGUACUGCAUGGAUACAUGAUUGUCUACUUUUGUUUAUCUGUCAUUGGAUGGACAUGUGCCAUCGCUUUGCUACAUUUAGAGCGCACUAAAGUGUUGUUGCAGGACAGAACACAUGGCCAUAGUGCAAUCCUGCUAUUCUUCUGGGCGCUGGCUUUUGCAGCUGAGAAUCUGGCAUUCAUAUCGUGGGGAAGUCCGUUGUGGUGGUGGUCAAUGGACAACACUGACCAAAAGGUGCAGUUUGGUUUGUGGCUGGUGCGAUACAGCUGUACAUUUCUGCUUUUCACCCUGGGAUUGAAAGCACCCGGUUUACCUCAAAGGCCGUAUAUGCUGCUGAUAAAUGAGGAUGAACGAGACAUCGAAUACAGCGAGCAUCUCUUAAACCAGAACGACAGGAAUCAGUCAACUUGGAAGGACUUUCGGAAGAAGAUCCAGUUGCUUUUGCCAUACAUGUGGCCCCAAGGGAACAUGCUGCUGCAGGGUCUAGUCCUCCUGUGUCUGCUCCUCCUGGGGGCAGAGAGAGCCAUCAACGUCUUUGUGCCCAUCUAUUACAAGAACAUUGUAAAUGAACUGAGUACAGGAGUUGGCUGGAAGACGUUAUCCCUGACCGUCUGCAUGUACGCCUUUCUCAAGUUCCUACAGGGAGGCGGUGCAGGCUCCUCAGGUUUUGUAAACAAUCUGCGCUCCUUCCUAUGGAUCCGAGUGCAGCAAUUCACCAACCGCGAGGUGCAGAUCCGCCUCUUUGCCCACCUUCACUCGCUCUCACUGCGAUGGCAUUUGGGCAGGAAGACUGGGGAGGUGCUCCGCAGUGUGGACAGAGGCACCAGCAGCAUCAACAGCUUGCUCAGCUACAUUGUGUUCAGUAUUUUCCCAACGAUUGCUGAUAUUAUCAUCGCCAUCAUUUACUUCAUUUCCAACUUCAGCGCCUGGUUUGGACUCAUCGUGUUCCUAUGCAUGGCACUGUACCUGGGCAUGACCAUUGCAAUAACCGAAUGGAGAACAAAGUACCGAAGAGAAAUGAACACGAGGGACAAUGAGGCAAAGUCCAAGGCUGUCGAUUCCUUGCUUAACUUUGAAACGGUCAAGUACUACAAUGCUGAAGGCUACGAGGUGAAUCGCUUCAAUGAUGCUAUAUUGAAAUAUCAGGUUGCAGAAUGGAAGACCGGUGCCAGCCUUGCAUUCCUGAACCAAACACAGAACCUCGUAAUUGGCUCUGGCCUACUGGCUGGAUCUCUGCUCUGUGCCUACUUUGUGACUGAGAACAAAUUUCAAGUGGGUGACUAUGUUCUGUUUGGGACGUACAUUAUUCAGCUCUACGCUCCACUCAACUGGUUUGGCACCUACUACAGGAUAAUCCAGAGCUCGUUUAUAGACAUGGAAAAUAUGUUUGAGCUUUUCAAAGAGGAUCAGGAGGUCAUUGAUGACGUGAACGCAGCAAAUCUUGUAUUCCGAAUGGGGAAGGUUGAAUUUGAUGAUGUUUUCUUCAGUUAUGUGGCUGGGAAAGAAAUCCUCAAAGGCAUAUCGUUCACAGUGCCACCUGGGCACACAGUGGCUCUGGUGGGGCCGUCAGGGUCGGGGAAAAGCACCAUCAUCCGUCUGCUCUUCCGCUUUUAUGAUGUCUGCGGAGGUUGCAUUAAGAUCGAUGGUCAGGACAUCUCUAAGGUGAAGCAGGUGUCACUGCGGUCACACAUUGGGGUGGUGCCUCAGGACACUGUUCUCUUCAACGACAGCAUCAGGAACAAUGUGAGAUACGGUCGUGUGAGCGCCAGCGAUGACGAGGUAGAAGAGGCCUCUCGAGCAGCAGAUAUUCAUGAGCAAAUAGUAUCUUUUCCUGAUGGUUAUGAUACACAAGUUGGUGAACGAGGCCUUAAGCUGAGUGGUGGUGAGAAGCAGAGAGUGGCCAUCGCCAGGACCAUCCUAAAGGCCCCACAGAUCAUCCUCCUCGAUGAGGCUACGUCAGCUUUAGACACACAGACUGAGAGGAACAUUCAGGCCUCCUUGGCUAAAGUGUGCACUGGAAGAACUACCAUUGUGGUGGCCCACAGGUUGUCAACCGUGAUUAAUGCAGAUCAGAUCCUGGUGCUGCAAGAUGGCCGCUUCGUGGAGAGAGGCAGGCAUGAUGAGUUGCUGGCUAAAGGAGGUGUUUAUUCUGGAAUGUGGAUGAAACAGCAAGAGGUCGAUGCAACUGAUUCUGCUUCAGACUCAGAAAUCAAAGACAGGAGCUCAGAAAAGCUGCAGCCCCCAAGCAGCGGGAGGGGUGACUGAGCCCCCAGGAACCAAAUAACCCAAUUGGGAAAAAUACAGAAAAAACAAAAAAAAAGGUAAACUGAUGAAUUGUUCCUCUAUUUGCCGCCGUCACUAAAGGCGCGGGAAUCUUCCUGAUCUAGCUCACUUCACUGUAACUUGAUAAAUCUAGCUUAUUACCGGGUGAUAUUUCUCUGUUGUGGGAGCCCACAGACCAGGAAUGUGGGGUGUAAUCCCAGAGAGAGGGAGCGCUUGUUCUUUAACAGCUGUCGCAGUGCAGUGAGUGAAAGCUGCAAUGUGCGUUUGUGACACCAGCAUCAUCUCCACUGAAAUUUCCCUGUGACCUCAUUAUCCAUCUUUCCCCCCCCCUCCCCGAACACACUCCCUCUGCCCCCAUACCAAUGCGCUCCCUCUGCCCCCACACCAACGCAGUCCACCAGAAGGGAAAGUUCCUCAUGCUCAGCUACAUGGCGUUCUGGAAAGAGCAUCAAGACCUCAAGUCCUGGUCAUACAGUCCUCAGACUAAGUGAGUGACAGCACCUCACUGUACUUCACACACAGGCUUUCAAACUGUGUCACACUGUCAGUGGAGUGACAGACAGUGAGGGACAGACGCUGAGGGUCAGGAGCUCCUGUAAAAGCACUAGUGACAAUAACCAAGGGAGAACAAGGGCCAGUGGAAACGUCUCCGCUGCUUCCCCGAGAGCUCAGAGCCGUAAAGGAGGACUGUUUGCAACGUGUCUUGCAUGUCACAAGCUUGACCUAAAUUAAAGUAUUUAUUGGUUAGAGAUUUAGUCUCACAUGAACAUGGCCUCAAAUACUGUGGGUCGGUCCCCCUCCCGUCCCCGUUACACUGGCAGCCAAUGCCAACUGUGAUUGGUGUGUUUGCACAUAUUUGAGUUUGUGUAGUAUUUAUACUGUUAAUAAUGUAAUGUUAUAAUUAGCUAAUGUGGGCUCAUUAAUAACAUGUGGAAAUCAUGUUAUUCCCAGGGAGAAGAUCCAGAACAAAGGGACAGGUGGAUUGUCCAAUGAGAGUGCAAUAUGUAACCUGAUAUUGUAAACGCUUCAGAACACACAUAAAGUGUUUAUAAGGGAAAUUUGCCUGUUAUAUACACCAUAUGAAAGGUGCUUUACAAAUGUAAUGUUUUUUACGUUGUAUAGCAUGUUUAAUUUUAGAAUUAUAUCCCCGUUUUUAUCUCCAUUUGGGCAAUU